GCGCGUCACUCCCGCGCCGGUGACGUAGUUGUCAAGCGCCCACAGCCUGAGAGGUUCCACCGUGCAAAGUGACAACGGUUCGGUACGGGGUAGUGUGUGUCCAGACGGCAGCGGAAGCAUGGUGCAGCGCUGAGGGCAUGGGACGCCCACUGCUCUAUCAUGUCAAAGGCAUCCCGCAGGAGAAAAGUCACUUCUGCUAAGAUCACAGACUGGGUAGAGCCGUCAUUUGAAAACUUGUUUGGAAACACUGUGGACUCAUCCACUCGGGCUUCAGGAGCAGCUAAAAGAGUUGUACCCAAGAAAGAUGAGACUUUACUAGAGAACAAAGUUCAGAGCAAGAAAAGAGCAAAUCCAUUUUCCACAAAUCAUUCCAGUGACCUGAUUAAACCCACCUCAGGUCAGUCACAGGAUGACCCAUGGAUUGACAAAUACAGACCUGAAGCUCAGACAGACCUUGCUGUACAUAAGAAGAAAGUUGAGGAGGUUGAGACCUGGUUAAGAGCCCAUGCUGGGCAAAAACAGAAUGGAUCCAUAUUGUUACUCACUGGUCCUCCCGGCUGUGGCAAGUCCACAACUAUUCUAGUUCUUGCUAAGGAACUAGGAAUUGAGGUGCAGGAAUGGAUCAACCCUUUGAUGCAAGAGUUUAAACAGGACGAGCCAGAUGUUUUUUGUCGAGAUAUGGGAUUCCAGCCUUAUACCAGCCAGUCUCAGUCAGCUCUCUUUCAGGACUUUCUGUUGAGGGCAAACAAAUAUAACAGAUUACAGAUGCUGGGAGAGUCACCAUGUGCCGACAGCAAAGUCAUCAUAGUUGAUGAUAUGCCCAACCUAUUUUAUAGGGAUCCUGGAAGUUUGCAUGACAUUCUCAGGAGAUUUGUAAAAACCGGUCGCUGCCCUCUGGUGUUUAUAGUCUCAGACAGUUUGAGUGGCGACAGCCAUCAAAGACGACUGUUCCCGAAAGAGAUUCAGGAUGAAUUAUGCGUCUGUAAUAUCAGCUUCAACCCUGUUGCUCCCACCAGCAUGAUGAAAGUUCUGACUAGAAUUGCUACUGCAGAGGCUGUUGCGAGUGGGGGAAGAUUGAUCAUUCCUGACAAGAACACACUGGAGCUGCUGUCCUCUGGAAGUUCAGGAGAUGUUAGAAGUGCCAUAAAUAGUCUUCAGUUCUCAGCACUUAAAGAUGCUGCUUUACCAAAUGAUUUCUGGUCUAAAAAGAAAGGAAAACCAACAAAACUAGAAAAACUGUCAUCCAAAGCAAAGAGUAAAAAAAAAUCUGAUAAGACAGGAGAAAACGAUGAUGAUAUCCAAGCAAUUGGAGGCAAAGAUGCAUCGCUCUUCCUGUUCCGAGCACUGGGGAAGAUACUUCACUGCAAAAGAGAGACUCCAGACAUGGACUCAGGCUACCAUAAAUUGCCAGCACAUUUGUCGCAGCAUGAUAGAGAUAUACUUCUUGUUCUUCCAGAGGUUGUUGUAGAGAAGUCGCACAUGCGAAGUGAGCUGUUUAACUUGUAUCUUCACCAAAACUAUUUAGAUUUUUUCUCCGAUAUUGAUGAUGUUGUCAGAGCCAGCGAGUACCUCAGCACCGCAGACGUUCUCUCUGGGGACUGGAAUUUCCGGUCCACGCUGAAUGUGUACAGCUCCUCCGUUGCUAGCAGAGGUGUCAUACAUGCCAACAGUUCUAGGGCUUUUGCCAACUGUCAAUCAGGAGUUGGAUUCCGACCGCUACACAAACCACAGUGGCUUCUUGUUAAUAAAAAAUACCAGGAAAAUUCCCAUGCCGCAAGAGAGCUAUUUUCCAUCUUCUGUUCCUCACCACUGUGCCUUCAAACCCAGGUCAUCCCAUAUCUGGCUAAAUUGACGAACCCGCUGAGAAACCAAGCACAAAUUGCAUUUAUCCAGGAUGUUGGCAGACUUCCCUUAAAGAGACAUUUUGGAAGGAUGAGGCUGGAAGCGCUCACUGACAAGGACACCGGUGUGCCUGACAGUGGUGAUGAAGAGGACACAAAUGAUAUACAAAGCAUAAAAGAAAGCAGUAAGAGUAAAGAAGGGUCUGGUGCAAGCAUACUGCCUUCCAGCCAAGGAGGGGAAUCUGAUCUCCCAACCAGCCAACCUCAGCCUAUUGCAGCCCAGGCAGUUAUGGAAGAUGAAGAUAUGAAGAUAGAAGAGUUUGACAGUGACUGAGCUUACUGACGUCAGCCAUUCAUAGGACUUCUGCCUGCACCAGCUGCCUACUAGUGUGCCUAGACUAUACCUAUUUAAAAGAGACCUUUUCUUCACAGAAGUCUUCAUAUGUAAAUGUACACGGCCUAGCUUCAUUUAUACAUUUUAUAGGUCAGAAAAGCAACUUAUUUUCACUUGAAGUGCAAGAACAUCAGUACACAAUGGAGCCAGGUUGAAACAUUUCUUUGCAUUUCCUUUUUUACUGCCCAUGUUCACCGUUGCUAUAAAGUCACAGAUGUCUUUAUACAGUAUCUUUAUUGCAAGUAGGCAUACAUUUAAUGUGAAAUGUAGUUUAUGUAAAGUUCUGCACUAAACUAUUUAUGUAAAUAAAAUAUUUGUUGUUUUUUU